AUGUCAACAUAUGACUUUAUCAUCUGUGGUGGAGGCACAGUCGGCUGCGUCCUAGCUUCGCGCCUCUCUCACACUGGCCACAGUGUCCUCAUCAUUGAAGCAGGCCCCGAAGACUACAACAAUCUGGUUAUGAGCCCAGUUGGUGCGGCUCAUCUUCGCGAAAGCCAGCUGAAUUAUAAUUUCACGACGACAAAACAAGCGGCAUUCGGAGAUCGACCAGUCACCACCCACGGCGGAAGGUUGCUAUCUGGCUCGACUGCCGUCAAUUAUGGGAUGUGGACUAGAGGACAUUCAGUUGAUUAUGAUGCCUGGGCCAAGGCUGUGGGCGAUGAUCGGUGGAACUACCAGAAUAUGUUGAGAUAUUUAAAAGCGACAGAAACGCAUUACGAUGCUGCUGCUAGUCCGGAGAUCCAUGGAUUCUCAGGCCCGAUUUCCACGACGGCAGGGAAACGCGAUUAUCCGCUCAGGGAGCCGAUACGUAACGCUUUAGAAGCUGUUGGCAUUGAGUUCAAUCCCGAUGCUAAUAGUGGGAAUCCUCUGGGGUUCAGCUACUUAACAGAAAGCUGGAAGAACGCGCAACGUCAGCCAGCAGGCAAAGCAUACGAUUUGUCCCAGGUAGCGGUACUUACGAAUAGUAUCGUUGCUUCUAUUGACAUAGACGAGUCCAGAAUAGCGACUGGCGUUACGCUGACUGAUGGAUCCCGAUACACGGCCAGAAAGGAAGUUAUUGUUAGUUGUGGAGCGUUGAAAUCACCUCAACUUCUCAUGCUGUCUGGCAUCGGACCAAAGGCACAUUUAGAAGAACAUGGCAUACAGUGUAUAGCUGAUCUGCCAGUUGGUUAUAAUUAUCAUGACCAUCCCGCAGUGACAAUGACCUGGAAAGUCAAGAAUCCAGAGAAGGGCUUAGCAGUUGGAUCACCUCAAUUCAACAAGCCAGAAUAUCUCCGCGGGAAUGCGAUAGACUGGGUUAUAACUAUGCCCACUCCUCAUAAUGAACUCAUCGCUGCUGCCAAAGCUGAUAACAUUGACUCAAAUGAUCCAUCUGUUCAAGAGGGUCGUUGCAACGGCGAGGUAAUAAUCUACUACACUCCUAUUAAUGGAGGAGGUUCUCAGUCCAUAAUUACUCCAGACGGAGAGCAUAUGACGACUGGUUGUGUUUUGCUCUUACCCACAAGUCGAGGAAGAGUCACCCUUGCAAAUACAGAUCCAACCUCAAACCCGAUCAUUGAUCCAAACUAUCUUGAAAUGGCCACAGAUCGUGCUGCUCUUCAUGCCACGAUGCGAUUAGCAUACCGCAUCAUGGAGACAGACGCUGCCCAGGAAGUUGUGAUGGGAGAAGUACCACCGCCAGGGCAAAAGCCAUUGAAUAGUACCUGUACUAAUGAAGAGCUCGACGAGCGGAUUAAAUAUCUCGGAAGGGGCUUCUAUCAGAAUGCCGGGACUGUGUCCAUGGGCCAGGUUGUUGACAGUCAAUGUCAAGUGCUGGGGGUUGAGAAUCUACGUGUUUGCGAUGCGAGUGUAUUGCCGGUACCUAUCGCUGGUCACUACCAAGCGCCGAUGUACGCUCUUGGAGAAGCUGUUGCUGAUAUUAUUCUCCAUUCGUGA